AUGGGCCCGCCAGCACCAAAACCUGCUGCUCGCAGGAGGAACAGAAAACGCAAAAGACGCGCCGUAUCCUCCGGCCCUUCGUCUUCAUCUGAUGAUUCAUCCUCAGAUGAAUCUACGCAAUCCACACCUCAAAAAGUGGCACCUCUCCCAACCAAACAACCUGAAUCCGACACGAGUUCUCCAUCUGAAUCUGCAUCCUCGGAUAGCGACUCCGAAUCAGAUAGUGACGAUGCUGGUGCAUCCAUGGUAAAGGAAAAAAUGCAAACCGACGGUCUCAAAGUUCCUCAUGAAAAAGAUGCUCCUCGACCAAGGUCACCUUCACCCUCCCUGCCCAGUGCGGAAAUACCAUCUUUUCUACCGCCAAAUACGUCUGCGGAUUAUGAGGCGCGUGAACAGGCCAUGAAAGACAAAUUCAGGAAGUUUUGGAUGUCAUCCCUUGCGGAAGGAUUCAAGGAAGACCUUGAGGAAAUACGAAAGGAGCCAAAUUUGGGACCCUCCAAGCUAGCACUGCUUAUUGAUUCGCUCGCAGCUGGGGCAGACAUUUUUACGUCAUCUGCGUCCGCCAGCGGGACAGACAUGAAUGAAGUGGAUGUUGUCAUGGGCGAAUGA